CCCUCUUUGCCGACAUGUCUCCUCUUUGUUUGUGCGUCUCGGGCAGUAAAGAGAAUGGAGGAAAAAAAAAUAUUAUGUAGCUUCGCCCGUCCUCUCUCACACAAACACACCCAGCAACAAGGAGGGACACACGGGGGGCACAUUAAAAAAAACCUCCCCUUUAGCCUUCCAGUCACUCCCCUUGUCCGAAGUUGUUAGCUUAGUAGCUAGCUCCCUCUUCUCCUCCCAGGCUAGCCGGUUCGCCUCAGCUUCCGUGUCCGCUCGCAGAGUCACCGCGGUCGGGCUCCAGUGUAACUAACCACCCCGUCACCACACCCGCGACCCGGGACCAGGAGGACGAAGACACCGCGCGGGUAUGGAAUGGUGCAUGCCGCAGGGCCAAGUGUGCAGCCGUUGAAUACAAGCGGAAUGAUGGACACGCAUCCACUGUGCACAAGGCUUUGUCCACAGGCUCUGGACAAAGAGGACGGCGUGGAGAGACAAGGUGCGGUCACGCUCAACCCUCGACACAUGAGGAAGGCUUUCAAAGUCAUGAACGAGCUGCGCAGUCAAAGCUCGUUGUGUGACGUCACAAUCGUAGCGGAGGACGUGGAGAUCGCCGCUCACCGCGUGGUGCUUGCCGCCGGGAGCCCGUACUUCCACGCCAUGUUCACAGGGGAGAUGACGGAGAGCCGAGCCAAGCGCGUGAGGAUAAAGGAGAUGGACGGGUGGACUCUGGGACUCCUAGUGGACUACAUCUACACUGCGGAGAUACAAGUCACAGAGGAGAAUGUGCAGGCUCUGCUGCCGGCCGCGGGUCUCCUGCAGCUGAAUGAGGUGAGGAAGGCGUGCUGCGACUUCCUGAGCUCUCAGCUGCACCCGUCCAACUGCUUGGGCAUACGAGCCUUCGCUGACCUGCACGCUUGCUCGCAACUACUCACGCAGGCCAACUGCUACGCAGAGCAACACUUCACUGAGGUGGUCGGCAGCGAGGAGUUCCUCAAUCUGGGCAUGGAGCAGGUUUCCAGCCUCAUCGCCAGCGACAAACUCGCCAUUCCCACAGAGGAGAAAGUCUUUGAAUCGGUCAUCGCGUGGGUCAACCAUGACAAAGAUGUGCGCCAGGAGCACUUGGCCCACCUCAUGGAGCACGUGCGCCUGCCCCUGCUCACCAGAGAAUACCUGGUGCAGCGCGUGGAGGAGGAGUCCCUCAUCAAGAACAGCAGCGCGUGUAAGGACUACUUGAUCGAGGCCAUGAAGUACCACCUGCUGCCCGCUGACCAGCGAGCGCUCAUGAAGACUGCACGCACGCGCAUCCGAACCCCCGCCUGUUGCCCUAAGGUCAUGGUGGUGGUCGGCGGCCAGGCGCCCAAGGCCAUUCGCAGUGUGGAAUGUUACGACUUUGAGGAGCAGCGCUGGUACCAGGUGGCCGAGCUGCCCACCCGCAGGUGUAGAGCAGGCGUAGUGUACGUGGGCACUUGUGUUUAUGCCGUGGGGGGCUUCAACGGUUCCCUACGUGUGCGUACGGUGGACUGUUACGACCCCUUGAUGGACCGCUGGACAAGCGUCAGCAGCAUGCAAGACCGCCGAUCCACACUAGGGGCCGCCGUGCUCAACGGCCUUUUGUACGCUGUGGGGGGCUUCGACGGAAGCACAGGUCUGUCCACCGUUGAGGCGUACAACGCCAAGACGGACGAGUGGUUCCACGUCUUGCCCAUGAGCACGCGACGUAGCAGCGUGGGAGUGGGUGUUGUUAAUGGGAUCUUGUAUGCCGUUGGUGGUUAUGACGGGGCCACCAGACAAUGUCUGAGCACCGUGGAAGCCUACAACCCCAAAAGCAACACGUGGAGCUACAUUGCCGAGAUGGGCACGCGACGCAGCGGUGCAGGCGUGAGCAUGCUGAAGGGUUUGCUCUACGCCGUGGGCGGCCAUGACGGCCCCUUGGUGAGGAAGAGCUGCGAAGUGUACGACCCGGCCUCCAACAGUUGGCGGCAGGUAGCCGACAUGAACAUGUGUCGCCGUAAUGCAGGCGUGUGCGCUGUCAACAACCUGCUGUACGUGGUGGGUGGCGACGAUGGCAGCUGUAAUUUGGCGUCGGUGGAGUUCUACAACCCCAACUCGGACAAGUGGACACUGCUGCCUAGCUGCAUGAGCACGGGACGCAGUUAUGCGGGUGUGACUGUGAUCGACAAGCCCUUAUGACUGCCAGCAACGCCUGUCGCUGAUUAGAAGCCGAAGUUGCAGUUUCCUGCUGAAUUCUCAUGGGGGAUCUGUCGUCGUCUAACGCGACGUUUGCACGUUGCUCACUGACGUCGACGAGUGCCAAGACAGUGGUGAUGAUGUUGGUCACCGUGAAGAUUUUUUUGCACAUAACGUGAGCGUAGGGAGGGUUUGAACCUGUGUUUUAAUCCCGUCACGGGCGGGUGGACAGGCGACCCGGCCUGGCCAACAAGGGGGUGCAGCCAGGCACUGUUGCCCAAUGACUACUGACAUGAAGCUACUAAAAGUGCUAACAUUUGCUAGAGGGGAGGCUGCUGCUCUAGAAGUGGGACUAUGAAAAUCUUCUCAUCGCUGGAGUGUCUUUGCGUAUUUAUGCGCUUGCCUUCAAAAGUUCUCCAUCGCUUGUGAGCCUGUGUGUGUGCAUUUUGAGUCGACCGCCGCAUGAAUGCACCGUGCUUGCCCUCUGAUCUUUUGAGAGCGUUCAAGAGCGCCCGAAUGUUUAAACGGCUGGCCACUUCCUCCUUCCUUUUCGUGAUGCCUUUAGCGUCCUAAAUGGAAACAGUGACGAAACAUAACAGUGGAUGUUUCUAAAGAGGAACACCUUUCGCCGUACCCGACAGGAAAUUAGACUUUUUCUCCCCAAAAAUAAUUUUCCUGAAAAACAAUGCUUUUUAUAUAUAUAUAUCUAUAUAUAAAAGACAAAUGCUUUUUUUUUUUUUUCAAAAUUGUUACAUUUGUCUUGGCAAAGUUACUUCCUCAAAGUAUGGCCUUUUUCUUGAAAAUUUGACUUUCCUAACAAAAUUACUUUUUUCACACAAAAAAUAAUUCUCCCCUAAAUCUUUUUGUUAAAAUGUUGGGGUUUUUUUGUCCAAUUUUUAGUUCAACUAUGGCAUUUUUCCCCCAGGGAAAAUUACCUGUUUUUCCCACAAACAAAAUGACAUUUUUCUUGAAACAAUACACAUUUCCCCCCCCCCCAAAUUUGUCUUAAAAAUACAACUCUUUUUCUGGGGGGGAAAAAAAUUCUUAUAAAGAAAUUAUCAUAAAUAUAACUUUUUUAAAAACAUUAGGUUUUUUUUCUUGUAAAAAAAAUUAUAAUAUUGCUUUUUCUCAGACUGACAUUUCUAAAAAUGUACAUUAAGUUUUUUUGGUUUUUUUUAGUUUUUCACCAAAAUAAUUAUCUUCACUUUCUCCCCAACAAAGUUUUCUAAAAAUAGACAAGAAAAAUAGGACUUCUUGAAAAAAAGAAAAUAAAUAGGGAAAGAAAUAGGCUUUUUUUUCUUUAAAAUUUUGCCUUUUUUUUCUCUAUAAAAAAUAGGACAUUUUUUGCAAAAAAAAAAAAAAAAUACACCUUUUUUCCUCUAACUUUCACUCAAAAAUAUGAGGGGUUUUUUUCUGGAAAAGAAUAUGGAGAAGAGAAGCCUGAGUGAAGCCCGUUGCCAAACGCAUGCCAGCCUGAAAGGGGGUGGUAGGUCUUCUGAGAGGUCGUACAGUAUAGCACGUGCAUUACUGUUGCUCGGCAGCCAAGUUUGCUCACUGCAUGUGCUCCCCUGCCCCGAGCUCACCUCUCUAAUGGACUAACCCUAUAAACUGACAUGUUAUGAAUGUGCCAAAUUUCCAGCUGCAUCUUUAUUUCCCGAAAGUGACCAAACUCUUAGCAUAUUUUUUUCCCCUUCCUCCCUUUCUAGUAACUGCUUUCGGUGCAUAUGUUUCGUCAACUGUAUAUCGAGGACUGUCGUGUAGGCUUAAUGACUUUGGAUAUGUUUCACACUACAUGUUUUGUAGAGCAUUAUUAAUAAAUCAUAUGCUUCUUGUAUUUAAAAAAAAAAAAAAAAAAAAGCUGUGAAAUGACAUAGUGAUCUGUUUUUAACAACUUUGCCAAAUCAGUAAACUAUUUAAAUGGAUUGUCUUGUACUUAUUGUCCAAUUUCUGUAAAAAGCUGACACACCCCUUUUCAAAUGCCAGGUUGUUGGGAUUGAAAAAAUGAGACCAAAAUAAAUAAU